AUGUCUGCUUUGCUAAUGAUUCCGGCCCUGGGCCAUCGCCGGUUGGUUCAGGAACAUGGGCUUGAUGAUGCUGCGUUGAAGCAAAAGGCCAAGAACGGGCGGUACCACAACAGUACAUCGUCGCUGAACAAGUCCUCGCGGUCGUCAAUUUCGUCUAUUUCAAGAAGCACCCGGUCGCUGGAGCUGUCUCUGAAUGGGCUUCGUCCAAGCAAGUCGAGGGUAUUCGAGGGAAAAAAGUACAAAGCCAAAGACAAUCUUCGAUUGAAGACUCCGUUUGAAAGAAAGCUCGUGGAGUUUGACUACAAGCUUGAUGUGGUGGCGGCGAAAAUUCUGAAUAACCAGCAGAAUAUGGCCCUCAAUUCGGAAACUACAGGCUCCAAUCGCCUUUUGCGCCCGAGCAUCGUGUCCACUCUUCGCUACACUUACUUUGAGAGGUUCACAACGUCAUACGAGGACGUGGCUACCCAGCUUGGCCGGCUGCCGAAACCAGAGUACUGGGCCAAAGUAUGGGAUCUCGAUGCGUACAACCACAGCAACCUUUUCGGUGAUUCGUGCAAGAAGAACAUCGUCAGCAUUGACCACGUGUUAGUGAAGAAGAGCUACGAGCACCGCAAGAACACCGAAAAAUGCUUUAAGGAAGGCACCAAGGUACUUCCGUACGAAGAGGAUGCCAACCGUACUACGUGCAUCCGAAACGUCUUUCGUACUACGUCAUUCUGGCAAAAUGUGUUCUUUGACGCCCGCGAGGCCACAGAGACGGACAACAUUGACGAAUGGUUUCCUCCCUUGGAGACGGUGCAGCGCUUCUUCAUGACCCUCUGUGACUAUGUCUUGUACAACUUGCACAGCCUCGAGUGCAACGUGAGCGAGGAGGAGAAGAAGAGUAUACCUCCAGACGAGAUCAGAAAGCUUGCCCACCAGUACUUUUACUACUUCAACGACUCAGACUAUGCCUUCUUUGAGAUGCUCGCUCGGGUUUUCAACAACACCUUCAUGCUCCAGGUACGCACCUACAUGAACAAAGAGGAUGCGGUGGCAGUCAAAACCAAGGAGGUGAUUAUGGUGCUUUUGGAAGCUGUGCGCAAUAAUCUUCAGAUCACGUAUUUCGGUGCCCAGGGGGUCGACGAGAUGCUCGAGGUGUGGCACGAUUUUUUGCUCAUGGCAAUCGACCGGCUAGUGGUUGCAAAUGUCAAGCCAGUUCUGCGGGCGGAACUGAAAAAGAGGCAGGAACACCUUCAUCCCCCACGCUCACAGGGUCUUGAUGAAGGUGCAAGCGGGAGCAACCAAGAAGCGAAGAAGGAGGUUCCCUCUUCGGCCCCGAAGAAAAAGUCUCUUUUUGGGCGCCUACGUCGUCAAGGCUGA